UGCAAACAAGUUAGUCUAGUGAAGUUACUUAGGCUAGCCUAGGAUCUAGAUCUAGUCAAAUUGAGGAAUUUCCCAGUCAUUUGUAUCCUAUAUCUAAUUUUCAGCAUAAAAAAAAAUCGUAGAUGCCUUUACAGUUAAAGUAAUUUUGAAAGAUGGACGAUCAGGACGAAAACACCCCUUUAAUAAGAAGCCAGGAAACGCCAGAAAAUUACUCAAGCCGAUUUCACUCUCAAAAUUUUAAUCAUGGACAACCUACUUCUUCAUUAAGUCCAAAUUCAACAACAAUCAAUGCUGAACCUAAUGAUGGCAUUGAGAGCAGCAUUAUCUUUGAGGACAAUUUGAACAGAAGAAACGAUUUGGAAAAUAAUAGUAUAUCACAUAAAAAAGGAGUUAAUGUUGGUCAAGAGCAUUUACUAAAGUUUGGAUUUCAAAGUCUUGAUUAUGAAGUAUCAGACAAUUUAGUAUAUCAGAAUGAAGAGAGAGAAAAAAGUUCAAAGAAAUGGAAACUGUAUAUGAGAGGGGUGCUGCGAUGGAUUAUCUGCUUAUUGAUUGGUGUUCUAACUGGCCUCACUGCAGGGUUAAUUGACUACUGUGUUGAGCAGAUGUCUAGUUUGAAAUUUCAAACCAUACAACAAUUGGUUGACAAAUGUGUCAAUUAUGACUGUAUGUACCUACCACAAAUAGUUUGGUACUCUUUUAAUAUGGGGCUUGUUGUGGUUGGCUCCCUUCUGACAACUUACAUUGAGCCCGUUUCUGCUGGUAGUGGUAUCCCACAGAUAAAGUGUUACCUGAAUGGUGUUAUUGUGCCCCAUGUUGUGCGGUUGAAAACUCUGAUCACAAAAGUUAUUGGAGUGGUUUGUGCUGUAGCUGGUGGACUUGCAGUAGGCAAGGAAGGACCAAUGAUUCAUUCAGGUGCAGUCAUAGCUGCAGGUGUAUCCCAAGGAAGAACAACAUCCUUAGGCUGGGAUUUUAAGAUUUUUCAAGAGUUCAGAAGUGAUACAGAAAAACGUGACUUUGUGUCUGCUGGUGCUGCAGCUGGUGUCUCUGCUGCCUUUGGUGCUCCUGUGGGGGGUGUUCUCUUCAGUUUAGAGGAGGGAGCCUCAUUCUGGAACCAGUCUUUAGUUUGGAGGAUAUUUUUUGCAUCUAUGAUUUCAACAAUGACAUUGAACAUCAUUCAAAGCUAUAUUAAAAGUAUUCCAUGGGAAUUUUCAAAUCCUGGUCUGAUCAACUUUGGUACUUUUGAUGGAGUUAACUAUCAAUUUUUGGAGCUGUUUGUUGUCAUUUGUAUGGGAGCAAUAGGUGGAUUGUUAGGUGCAUUAUUUAACCAUAUCAACCAUCGACUAACACUGUUUAGAAUGAGGAGCGUCCAGAAAAAAUGGCAGAAGGUUCUGGAGACAAUGAUGGUGGCCAUGUACACUGCUGCCUUUGCUUACAUUCUGAUCUUCUUUAGAAAUGAUUGCAAGCCAAUACAAGAUAGCACAGAGAUCAACCUAGUGCAGUUUUUUUGUAAAGAUGGAGAGUACAGCUCAUCAGCAAGGCUAUUUUUUGAUACACCAGAAGCUACAGUCAAACAUUUAUUUCAUAAUGUACCAGGAACAUAUCAGAUUGUAACUUUGUCCAUCUUUGCUAGUGGCUAUUUUCUUCUGGCCUGCUGGACAUAUGGACUGAGCAUUCCCAGUGGGUUGUUUAUUCCUAGCUUGCUCAUUGGCUCAGCUUGGGGCAGAAUAGCUGGGAUUCUGAUGACGUAUAUCAGAGGAGAUCAGAAUUUGGUCUCCUUGCCUUUCUAUUCAUUAGUAGGAGCCUCUUCUAUGUUAGGAGGUAUUGUGCGAAUGACAAUCAGUCUAACAGUCAUCAUCAUGGAAGCCACUGGUAAUGUCCCACUUGGUCUGCCUGUCAUGAUUUCACUGAUUGUGGCCAAAUGGGUGGGGGACCAGUUCAACGAGGGAAUUUAUGAUCUCCAUAUACAUCUUCAAGGUGUUCCAAUUUUAGGCUGGGAGCCCCUGCCCAUGUCAACUAAUCUCAGCGCCAAGGCUGUGAUGAGUCAUCCUGUGACAGUUUUCCGCAUGACUGAACCAGUUGAGCGCAUCGUUAAGGUGCUGAAGGAGGAGCCACACAACGGUUUCCCAGUGGUUGAUGAUUAUGACCCUGACUCACCCGUUAUGAUGGAUGGUUGUGAAACAUUUGGUACAUUCCGAGGGCUCAUCUUAAGAAAUCAGCUGAUAAUGAUGCUCAAGAAAAAGCUGUAUAAUGAAAACCCUGAGAUCCACAGCAUAAUCAAUAACCUGAAGAUGGCAGAGUUUAAUGAGAGUUACCCAAGAUAUACCCCAAUCCAGAGAAUUAGUAUUUCUCCAGAGGAGAAAAAAUUUUCUUUGAAUUUGGCACCCUUCAUCAACCAGUCUCAUUAUGUGGUUCUUGAGACUGCGUCGUAUUCCAGCAUCUUCAGGAAAUUCCGUUCACUGGGUCUGCGUCACAUGGUUGUCAUCAACUUUAAGAACCAGGUCAUUGGUAUUGUGACACGUAAAGAUCUGGCUCGCUACAUGACAGAGAGUAAGAAUGGAGAGAUUAGUAUACGUGAGAGAACUAUUGUCCAUUGAGACACUUUACUGGUGUGUAACUAUCUAGGUUCAUAUUAGUUUCUGCUGUUUUACUUGUGCCUGAAUCUUUAAAAAGAGCUGAUGAAUUUUUAUCUUCUAUUGUGCAGAUAUCUGAAUACAAUUGCAUAGAUAUCUAAAUUUAUCAUGUUGAUUUAUCAUGUUGUAGACUUAAAGUUGAGUAGACGCAUGUACUAUAAAUUGUGUAGAUAACUUAUACAUUAAAUUGUGCAUGUAUAAGAAUCUGAAUGUGUUGAAGAUACUGAUAUAUAAAACUUAUCUUUAAGGAAGAAGAAUGUCAUUGUUUUAAUCUAUUCUGUCUUGUUAGUCUACCUGUAAAACAUACCUCCACACAUUUACCUGUACUACACACCACAUAGCCUUCUACCUGUACUAGCAUACCUUCAGUGCAUGAGUGUACAGUUUGAUAACCUCAUUCUCACUCGUUGGUAUAUUUUGGAUUUAGUUACCCAUGUACCAUAGAAAUUCUGUUUGAUGUCUGCACAAUUUUCAUUGUCAUGUUGCAUUAUGUUAAAAAUAUUUGAUGAAUCUAGAGUUAAAAGAUCACAUUGUUUCAUGUAAAUGUUCAGCAUAUAAAAAAAUCAUGCUUGUAAGGAGUUACAAAUAUCUUACUGAUGCCAUGAUGAUCUUUUUCAUGAGAUUAUAUACAAGCAGAAAGUCCAUGUUGAAGGGUAACUUGUACAAAUGUUUGUAACUGUAAUGUUAUACUUUUUUAAAACAAUUUUUCUUUAAAAUGUUGUAGUUUUAGCAUCACUUUUUUUUAAAUUUAAAAAGAAAAAAAAAAGAAACUUUUAUAGUUAAUAUCAUGUAAUUUAUUUUAACUGUGUGAUGUAUGAUGUGAUCAAACAUUUAACUGACAAAAAACGCAACUUGUACAUACUUAACACUAAACUUGUAAAGUCAGUUUGAUAAAAAAACAAUCUAAGACCUGACUACAGGUUUUGUGCGAGUAUACUGGUUUUUAACUGCUAGUUGUGUUGUAAGCAUAUUUGUGACCCUCCACCACAUUUUGGUAUCUUUGCACCUGGGGCUAAUUUUGAGUUUUUUUAGCUGUCCAUAAAAACGAAUUUUAAUGAUGAAACCAUGUUGAAAUUGGACUCGUCUAGUUUUAAGAGAAACUUGUGAGUUGCAAAGUACCAUAUUUUAGUCACUUAGGGUCAUUUUUUUUUUGUAGAUAUUUUUCUAGUCUUUCAAACAGAAGUAUUUGUUGUAAAAAAUUUUUUGUAUGGCAAACCAAAUAUACAAUAUAUUAUUGUAAAAAAUUCUAUACAUGCUGUCAACGAUAUUAUUUUAUCAACAAUGCAAUUGUUCAAUGUUUUUUUAAAAAAAAUAUUUUUCUAACUUGCGCAUCAAACUUCUGUGUCCAAACUGGCCAAUCAAAUCCUGUGUAUGAAAUUGUAUUGCUCCCCCCUCCCCUUCUGUUCACUUACUGAACAAGAUGAACUGUUUACUUUUGUCUCGCAUAUGUAAUCUUUACCUCUGUUUUUUAUAGACUUUUUAAAUCUAUUGUGAAAUUGUCAUUUCUUGAUUUUUUUCUAAAUAUUUUUCAAAAGUUGUUUUCAUUUAUUUCUUUUUUCUAUAUCAAUCAACUUAAAAACAUGCUCACAACAAUAAUGGUGAAAAAUGAAAUGAGGACUUGUGAUAGAGAUGACCCUAUGCUAUUUUGUGUAUGAGAGUGUGUACAUUUGAGGCAUGUAGCUAGUGUUAAAAAAUGUGGAAAUCAAUUUUUUUUAAAAUUAUCUGUAUGUGAAAUGUGAACAACUAUAGUUGGUAAAGGUUGAUUAAAGAGUUGAUAUUUUAAGAUACAAAUUGUGCAUGUUCCUAAGUUAGAUGUUCAACAUGUUAUGAGUUAAUGUUGUAGUUAUUUGUUCAGAGAUGUUUUCAUGGGAUGGUGAGCAGAUGUUGGCAUACCUGAUGGUUAACAUGCUAGGGGGUUGACACAGCUGAGGGUUGACAUACUAUUGGGUUGACAUACUAGUGGGUUGACAUGCUAGUGGGUUGACAUGCUAGUGGGUUGACAUAGCUGAGGGUUGACAUACUAUUGGGUUGACACGCUAGUGGGUUGACAUACUAUUGGGUUGACACGCUAGUGGGUUGACACGCUAGUGGGUUGACAUACUAGUGGGUUGACAUACUAGUGCAUUGACAAACUAGCUAGUUGGUUGACACAGCUGAGGGUUGACAUAAAAGUGGGUUGACAUGCUAGUG